AUGAAGGCUGACAAAACGUACGACAACGUAGUCAAGGGGAGCCUCAAAAUAAAGGGGAAAGCCAUCACCAAAAAGAAGAAAACCGUAGACGUCGAGGUUACGAAGCCGAAGGACGUAAUAGUCGUUGAGAAGACUCAAACUGAACCACAAGUUGUACCUGAUGACGACUUACAGAAAAAAAUCCAGCGAGUUAUAGCGAACGAUUCGCUAACGCCAAGCGAAAAAACGUUCCGCAUUGUACAACUCCAAAGGAACGCCAAGAAGAUUGAGGAUCAGCUCAAGAAAACUCACCGGGAGAGGGUGGAGAUCUUUAAUCAAAAGCUAUCCAAACUAUCGCCGCUCACACGAAAAGUCGGCAAAAUGUCUACCGCAACGUUCCUGGGGACACCCCUCUCGAAAUACGAGAUUGAUGAUAUUGAAACCGACCUGGUGCACAAACGCGCCCAGAAUUUCGAGAAAUCCAAGGAACUUAAGUACAGACAGAAUCGUGAGCAGAUCAAACGUAACCAAAUAAUAACCCACUACACGGUAGACACAGCUGAAGGAUUUGUGCCUGCAAACUUCAAGUCAUCCAAAACGAACCGUGCCUCCUACAAGCAGCAGGAAGUGAGCACAUUCACGGAUCUGGAAGAUGCAGAAAUCACGACCAAAAACACUCUUAAAGCUAUUAAAAUCGAUCGAAUCGGGUUACGGAGAAAUGUUGCAACCAUACUAGCUACGCUGGGAUUCAUGGGAAAGAAGCGCUUUAUAGGCCCCAUUAACAUACAUGCGCCACAAACGAGAAUCUCAUCAAGCCUUGAAGGCGUGGGUUUUACAUUCGACGUGGACAAGGGUGUCGGAAAGUUGCAAUUCGUUAAUGCAACAAAUGAUGACUACGGACCCCAAUGGCGGCAUCACGCUAUACAACGCAGUACCGAACAAAUGGCAAGCCUUGAGGGGGCUGAAAAUUACCAUGUUAGUCCAACACUUAAGGAUGGAAAUGCAAAGGAAACGGCCGCCGUAUCGAGGCAUGUGCAAGACCGCCAGUUCGACUUGGCUGAGAUACAAUUCUAUUACCAGCACCUUUACAACCUUAUCGUGAAGCCUAUGGAGGUCACAGACGAUCUAGUCGAGAAAAUCGAGAAGGGUAUAGAGUUCGCAUCUGAAGGUAUAGCUAAGGAAAAGGUUGUGGAAACCGGCAGGAAGGUGGAACUUUACACCUUCGACGACGAGCUUCUCCAAAAAUUCAGAAUCAGAACCAAACGGACGAAAGACGAUUCGGCCAAUAUUGGAGGCCACAAAAUGGACGAUGGAACAGCUCCUACGGCGAAACUUCCUUCGGAGCUGUUCCGUAGAAUAUUUGGCAAAUAG